UCCUACCUAUCACAACCUUGUCUCUUAAGUUCUCACUAGUUUACUGAACCCUGCAAGCCUUGUCAGGCAGGAUGGAGACUAAACGCGUCUGGUGGUUGUGAUUCGGGCUUUUGUUAUGAUGGGCUGUUCCCCUAAACUCACCGUGUCAGUUUGAAAAGAAUCGUUCAUCCAGUCUGUCAGUCAAUCAGUCGCUCGUUACCUUUUCACUCGUUUCCUGUUAAAAUCCAAGGCUCUCCAACAUGGAGAGAUCCGACAGCAUUUCCCUGCCCAGCAUUGAGGCUCAGCAAACUCAAGGACAGACCACUGACAAGGAUGAUACCAAAGACAACAGUCAGAACGCAACCAUUGCAGCUCCCCAAUACCCUUCAGGGAUCAAAUCCUAUCUCGCAGUUGCAACCUUGUGUCUGGCAAUCUUCCUCGUCACCUUGGACAGCACCAUCAUAGCCACAGCGAUGCCCUACAUCUCUGACGACUUCCACUCGCUGGGCGAUGUCGGCUGGUACAGCAGCGUCUACACCAUGGUCAUCUGCACGACCCAGCUCCUCUUCGGCAAGCUCCUUGCCCGCUACUCCGUCCGCUGGAUUUAUAGCAUCUCAAUGCUGUUCUUCCUCGUAGGCUCCGCCGUCUGCGGCGCAGCGCCCAACUCGCACUCCCUCAUCAUCGGCCGCGCCAUCGCCGGCGUAGGCUGCUCAGGACUCCUAGUCGCGGCCUUCUCUCUCGUUCCCAUCCUCGUUGCCCCAGCCAAACGGCCCAUCCUCCUCGGUCUCCUCUCAGGAUCCCGCGGACUCGCCACGACAUUCGGACCCUUGAUUGGAGGUGUCCUCACCGAGAAGGUCUCCUGGCGGUGGAACUUCUACAUCAACCUUCCCAUAGGCGCCGUCAUCCAAAUCGCCUUCUUCUUCCUCGUCCAUCCGCCUAAACGAGACCACGAAGCCUUCACCUCCUGGACCGAGUUCCUCAAGACCCUCGACCUCUUCGGCCUCGUAGCUCUCCUCCCAUCCAUCGUCUGCCUCCUCCUCGCCCUACAAUGGGGCGGCCUCAAAUACGCCUGGCAAGACGCCAGACAAGGUCCCAACGCCAUGCUCCCUUCGAGGGUAUUCACCCAACGCACCGUCUCAGCAGCAUCCUUCUUCGGCUUCUGCACCGUCAGCGCCAUCUUCGUCCUGACUUACUAUCUCCCGAUCUGGUUCCAAGGCGUCAAAUCCGCCACGCCCAUCCAAUCCGGAAUCUGGACCCUCCCAUGGGUAAUAACCAGCACGAUCGUCUCCCUAGCGGGCGGAAUCCUAAUGUCCAAAGUCGGCCAUCCGGACUUAUUCAUGGGAAUCGCCAUAAUCUUCGGCGCCGUUGGCUCAAGCCUCUUCACCACCUUCACUGUCGACACGCCCACAGGGGAAUGGAUCGGAUAUCAAAUCAUCUUUGCCAUAUCGUCCAGUCUGUGUAGUGUCACCCCGUUGAUGGUAGCGCAGCAGGCACUUCCCUUGAAGGAUAUUCCAAUUGGGUCGGGGUUGGUCAUGUUUUCGCAGACGGUGGGGGCGUCUAUAUUCGUCGCCGUCGCCCAAGCGCUCUUCACGAACGAGCUCAGUGCGGGGUUAAAGGGCACUGCAGUGGGUGAUGGACUUGAUGUGAGUGGGUUGUUGUCUGGGGGGAUUUCGACCCUUACAGAGGGGUUGUCUGGGGAUGCGAAGCGGGCGGUGUUGGUGGUGCUGAAUGAGGCGUUGACGAGGUCGUGGCGGUUGGCUGUGGUGUUGGAGUGCGUGGCGGUUAUUGGGGUGUUGGCGGUGGUGCAGGGGAUGAGGAUGAAGAGGGUUAGUGCUGGUACUUCAUAGGAGUGGGUAUUAGAUGGGGUUUUGAUUGUAAGUUGUUGAGGGGGGAGGUUG